AUGUUAGCUGAUGAACAGCUUUCACAAGAUGAGUGGGCUGAUCUAAUAACAGAGCUCCAACAGCGUACUCGUGACGAGGGUAGAGACAGCAACGUAAUACACACUGUUGAAGACGAGCAGGAAUGUGAUGAUAUACCUGAUCUCCAUCAGACGACAAGCGAGAUCACAUUCGUAAAAAAUGUUUUUAUUAGUAAAGAGGAAGCCUUGCCAAUCCUAAGAUCUCUCAACGAAAUGCAAACUGAGGUUUUUUACGCGAUUCGACAAUGGUGUGUAAAAAAAGCAAAUGGAAAAAAUCCAGAUCCAUUUCAUCUUUUUAUAUCUGGCGGAGCUGGAACCGGGAAAUCACAUUUAGUGAAAGCAAUUUAUUACGAGACAUCCAAGGUGCUCGCCAACAGAGCAGAGGACAUUCUCAAAUCCGAUAUUUUAACAAUUUCUCUGUUUAGAUUCUGGUGUGUACUGCAAAACUCAUGUCUGUAUUGUUACAACUCUCCACAAUCCGAAUUCACACAGGAUGUAGUUGUACUUCGUGGAUACGUAGUUUCAGCUGAUAUAUCUGACGUUCAACGAGCAAAAUUUACCUUCAAGCUUGAACAGAAGGGAGGAUCUACUUAUCAUUUUCGUUGUGACAAUCAUCAAGGAUUUAUGCAAUGGAUUUGUAUGAUAAAUAAGGAAUCAAGCGAUGCCGAUCCAGCAAUGAGCGAUAAUGAAAUUCUCAUGAACAACGUGAAAAGUUGUGCUAAAGUACUCACAAGAGCUCAAUCGUCGAUUUACCCGUCUUCGCCUCAAAUGUCACCAUCGAUGGCAACGCAGCCUCCUCCGAAUACUCUCAGCAAACAUAAUAAUAAAUCAAUGCUGUCGAGAAGGCACACUGCAGAUAAUAUUUUCCGAAUGACUCGUCGGGAACACUUAGAUCUUGAGUUACAAAAGGAAAAUCUUCUAAGAGAGGUCUUAGAACAACAAAAAGAAAUUAUAAAAGAACGAAACAGCAUGAUACCUACGCCAAAACAGAAUCGCCCAUACUACGUUCCUUUGGUCAGAGGUGCCAAUAGUCCUAUACCAUCUCGAGAUGAGGUGAUGGAAAAAUACGAAAAAGUGAAAGAAAAUCAACAAAUGGAAAUUUUAAAAUCGUUAACACAACUUCACACGAGAAGAAAUUCCGUCCAGCUCAAAAUAGAUCAAUUAUCUCGGGAAACGAAACCAAAAGCGAGACGAUCGAGAAGUGCAAAUAGAUAUGUUAUUCAAAGUAUGGAAGCGAGGUUGGCACUUUUACAAUCGGAACUUGCCGAAAUCGACCAGGAAAUUCGGGAACAGCACGUAAACAAAGAGGACCUUGCUGACAACAUCAAUCAAAAACGGGACCUCGAGAUCAUGGUUUUAGACCAGCAAGAAUGUAUCGAUAUCGUCAAACGAAGCAACCCUUCCCAGCGGCGUUACCAACAUCGACAAGAGCGAGGACGCAGAGCAACAAGACGUAUUAUGCCUUCAAACACUCCUAUUUCGUUUGCACAUGACCAUCUUACUUCCAUAGAUGAAGCUUCCACAAUUUGUGAGUCUGAUUCGUCUUCCACGUCAUCAGGGCUCUCAAACUCUUGUAGCGAUCUGGAUUCGCAAACAAGCGGAAUUAUGGCGAUCUCUUCCACUCCAAGGCACAAAAUAACCGAUACUGGAAGCGUUGAAUCUAUUGAUGCAGAUUACACGAGCAGAAUUGACUGUAUAAGUUCUCACGACGAGACUGAAUGUUUCAGGUCUUGCCGUAGUAUCCCAGUAAGCAAGUCUUCUUCUUGUUCGUCAGACGCCGAUGAGAUUAUGAGCGUUGAAGGUGUUCUUAGUGACGAUUUUCGAAGUUUAUCAACCUCUUCCUAUAGUGACUUAGACACGGAUGGAAUGUGCAGGCAACGAACUUCGUCAAGCGAUGAAAGUUUAGGGAAGAAAUCAAACGACAUCAGACCAGACGUACUAGCUGAAAUCGAGGAGUUUGAGGUUUUCUCUAAAAUGAUGCUACAGCGGCUCAACAGUGCAACAUGUUAAUUCAACGAAAAUCGACAAAGUUGCAAGAAAGCAACGGAUAACAUUCGUAAUAAUCUAAAGAGACGACAAGUAGAUGGUGGAAUAAGGAGAAAUGUCGACGGACAAGAAAGGAGUUGCCAGAUGCAACAAAGAAAAUCCAGUCAUUGCUUCAUGCUAUCAUGUUCCGAAAUAAUGAUCGCCUAUGCUUCAAUUCAAUUCAAUUCGUUUAUUACUCCAGACCGCUGUGGUGCUUCAGAUGAAUAUACACAACGAUUUAAUAUGGAUUAUUUAAUCGUAGCCUAAAAUACCUUCCAGUUGAAGGUUUUAAAAAAAUCAACUCAGAUACUCAAAUUUUGGAUUGGUUAAUACGGUCGGGCGUGAAAUGCAUUGUAUCCGAAUAAUCUAAUAACGUCGUUUCAGUGCGUAAACAAAUUAGGUUCUCAACUCUUGUGAAAUUAAACGUCAGAAGUGAUAAAAUAAAAUUGUAGGAUAUGAGAUUACAUAUGAAAUAAUUAGGUUUAUGCAAGAGGAUUCGAAAUGAAAUUCAUCUCGAUAAAUUUAGACAAGACAUCGUUAUUUCGACAGUUAAAAACAGUUCAAAAAGGUAUAUCCACAUACGGCUUUGUGGUAAACUGCAAUAUAACUCAAAUUCGGAAAGGUAUUUACAACGAAAUAAAUGUCGCCUCAAGGCAGGAGACGAAGCAAAUUACACUCGAUCACUAAUACCGUAUUUGACAACAAAUUAACUGACACCAACCAGACCUUAUUCGCUAUUAUAGCUGUCAUUAUUCACGAGGAUGUUAUCCGUGAUCCAUUACCUAAGAAAGCAAUAGAGAAUGCGCGUAAUGUUGGCCUGAAUGAUACUCAAGAUGUGUUUCACUCGUUCAACUACAAAACAUGGUGUCCGCCUGCUGAAAGUGUGAAACAUUUUUAUUUUUUUAUCUUUUCAAGUGAAAUUUUAGUUCAUAUGCAGAACUCAGAUAUAUGUAUAAAAUAAUUGAAAAAAUUAUAGUUCAUACUUUUUUGUCUUCCAAUUUUUUUCAUCGUAAUAUGAACUUCCAUAUGAUGUUGCGUCGCUACCAACAACCGGAUUCGCAAACAAUUAUUGUCAUAUAUACUGUUUGCUCCACUGUUAGAUGUUUAUACCAUAUUCAUUACUUUGAUUUAGGUGUACAAUGUAAAACUAAUCCUUUUGCUUAAUAAUUGAGAUUGGCGCAAUGCUUAGAAAUAAAAUAAACGUCAUGGAUAAUAAAUAGUACCUUUGCCCUUUUAUUUAAGUGUAUGUUAUUGUUAAUCCAUUUAUAUGUUUUUAAGUUCGUGCCAAAAUGUUGCAGAAUAGUGGUUACUUCAAUACUAGUGGGUAUGUAUGCGAUUUUACAAGAAGUAUAAUCACCGAGAUAAUCAAACAGGCACAAAUACACCUCACAUCAGGGUGAGGAAAUAAAAAGAUAACAUACAACUGGACUGAAGUUCCUAAUAUAUACAGAAUAUAUCUUGCAUUACUUAUUCCUUACCAGUUUCGCACGUUCUUCUCUAAAAUACUGGUAGAACACAUUGUCACCAAUUAGCGUAGAAGUGUUAAGGACUCGAUAUAUAUCGUAUUGUAAUACUAUAUUUUUCUGAAUUUUACGCAGUUACCUAAAAUCAUUAUUAGGUCAUUUUAUGAAUAAUUGCGCAUUUAAAAUUUACAUUCAUUCAUUUAGCAAAAUAAAAUUCUGGAGAUAUUAUGCUGCUAUUAACUCUCUCGUAAAUAUUGCUGUUGAAAUAAAUAAUAUUAUUUUGAUUCCGCGCCUACUGCCGAUUAUGAUUUAUGUAUUUUUUCGUUGUGUCUGUUGUUGUUUAGUGUUAUUUUAUUUUUGCAUAUGUGAUCAAAUAUCUCAUUUUGUUAUUAUUUCUUAUUCUUUAAUAAAGUGCCAAUAAAAUAUAUUAUAAAAGUAAA